GGUGUGUGGUAUGCUGAAUAAAAAUAGACCAGUCCUAUUCUAUAUUCUGACAUCGCGCUUUUAUGUUCCCUUUUGUACGGUAUAGUAUAUUAUUAAGUACUAUGAUAUUGCUGUCUUGUAAUACUUCUCAAUCUUUAUAGCUAUUUAUGAAGGAAUAAAGCCUUCGUAAUUAGCACUGGCACAUUGGAAGUUCUGAAGUUACAUGAGUAAAACCGACGAAAAACCAACUUUACACUUGAAGUUAAAAGGUGUGACAGGCCAACAAUUUUUACCAGGACUUAUAAACAACUCAUUUCAUAACAAAAUGGAUAAAUCUCAACUAGAGAAUUUGUCAAUCAAAGCAGAAGAUUUCAUUGUAAAAGAAAAUUGCAACGAAGAACUCCAUGAAGAUAUUGCCACCAGAACGACCUGCCCAUGCGAAGCUUGUUUGCAUAGACUAACAUUAAAUACAAAUGCAGUAAAGCAACAUGGAGUACAUGCGAAAGGUUGGAAUAUGCUGCGAGAAGUUAUCACUGGUUUGAAGGACAGUCCUAAUGAAGAAACCAUAGAUAAGAAAGAAAUUUUAUCAAAGUUAACUCAAUAUAAUCCUCAUUUACUCUUCCAGCGACUUGAACUCAGCAUUAAGCAAUAUAUUUCUGGCAAGAAGGUUCAACUCCUGAAACUACUUGCACAAGGAUAUGAAAAUCCAUUAUCUGCAUUGGAUGUUGCUAAUACAUUGUUGAAUAUGUAUGCAGAUAUUUUGGAAGUUGCUGGAACCUUAUCAAAUCUAGUAAAAGAUAUGGAUUCUCUCCACUUGGCAAAGUUGGGAACAUCGCUUGUGAAAUGGACUAAAUGCCUGUUUCAACAUAUCGUUUGUGCCGAACCUCUCGUACAUCAUGCACUUCCUGAACUACUUGUACAACUGAGAAAGGGAAUAACUAAAGAUUCAAGCGAUGCAAAUUUUAGUGAUAUUUUACACAGGUUUUUACAUUUUGGUGAUGAAAUGAUGCAACUGCAAGUUGAAUGGAAAAGUACACUCUCCCGCAUUAAUGAUCACUCAAAAAAACAUUCGCUUGUGAUGAGUAAAUAUCGAUAUCUACAUCAUGUCGAUCGUUCUGUUGUUGUCGCUAUGUCUGAAUGUUUAAGACAACAUCCUCCGAUGCAGAACAAUCCUGUUUUAUCAAAUCUUGCACCAUUUCUGUCCAUACCAAGUUUUCCUUCAUUUCCUGAUUCUUAUGGAUCCUGUUAUUUCAACUCACUAGUGGAAGUUUGUCAGAAUGGAGAGACUUUAGACAUUGCUCCCGGUAUGAAUCCUGGUAUUCCAUCAGUCUACGAUAUUAAGAUUAAUCCACCAAGUGUUCCAUCCGAUGAUUCAAUGGUUUCAAGUGACGAGGAAGUGGAACCGAAAUAUCUAAAUCGACGUAUUUAUGGAAGAAUUCCACCGAUUUAUUGUGAUGAAACAGGAGGUAUUGUAGGAGGGAAUGUAAUGUCUGAAACCCUCGAAUCUUCAUCUCAUUUACCAAGAUAUCAAUGUGAUAUUCCGUAUACAAUACCAACAACCCUCAGCGCUUCUCCGCUUAUCACUGGUCCUAUGCUGCAGGCGAGACAUGGAGUACUUGAAAAUGGAAUCUCAAGAAGAGUGGGAGCCAAUAGUGAGAUCGAAGAUGAAGAAGAGAGAGAUGGAGGAGAAGCAGAUGAUGAGGAUGAGGAGGGAAGAGUGACGAGAUGUAGUUGUAGUCAAUGUUCUUCAUCUUUUCCUAAAUCUCUUCAUCUAAGUUCAGAACAUGUUCCAUAUUCAUGUGAUGGUGCUGGUGUUGGGGCAGGAUUUUGCACUAAUUUUGCAACACUGAGCCAAACGACAUUUACAUUAACUAAUCCUCAGCGCCAUGGUCUUGUACAGCAACAGCAACAUCUGUAUGCACCUGUCAUCCAAGAAUCUCCGUUAAACAAUAAAAAUACUCAGCAAUGGAAUUUUUUACAUGCAGGAAUCGGAAAUUAUGGACAUUCUGUUGAUCCCACACCAGAAGGCAACACUGAUCAAUCAAGCUACUUCAAUUCUUGCAGCUGCAUGGAAAAAAGUGAUAACCCUACUUAUUCAUCUAUUGGAACUGCAAGCAACAUAAAUUCCGUCCAUCACCAUCCGCCACUUGUUCCUGUCAUGACUUGUGCUUCUCUACAAUACGCUUUUCCUUUCCCAAAAUUUUCGCAAGGAGUCGAUGCCAACUCUCUUUCAUUACAACCACCAUCAAUACCAGGAAUUCCGCAAACCUCUCCUGGUCACUUUCAAGAUUGUCCUAGACUUUUGCAACCACAAUUUUUCGCUGCUGGGAAUAAUUUCUCGAUCCCAGGGACUGCUACAACCCUGGAUCCAACUUCUAAUGGCAACUAUUCUCAAGGCUUACCUCUCCAACUACCAGCUUGUGGCAGUCCCGUCAUUUCCACUGUCCAACAACAAAGACAACAGUUUACUUCUAAUGCAACAUCUCAGUUUAAUGCGCAAUGCCAAUCACCCAGCAGUGUUACAGUGUCUGAAAAUACAAUUACUACUACUUCUCCGGUAACCACAGCAAGUAAUCAGACACAUCGUAAAAAGUUGGUUCCACAUGGGAAAUUAGCUCGACAACAAAUGCAAAAAAAGCCGGCUUCUCAACAGAGUUCAACUCCAACACUGUUGCCAACUAUGAGUUCUUCUUUGCCACGAUUCGAAUUGAAUAACGAUGCUCAAACAAUGGCGAAUGACAAAGUACCACCUCAACUCACGAAAAAUUUCAAGUUUGAAACAUCACCACAAGAUAAUAUUGCAAAGCAACCUGUGAAGGCAGGAUCUAUACCACAUGAACACCAUGAAGGCUGUACAGCACAACAUCAUACCAUGAAUACAGCAACGGGAGAUACCGACCUGCGGCAUAUUUCGACUACGGAAAAUGCUGCUUCGUCACAAACUUCCGCUGCUUGUUCUGCAUCAUCAGCUCCACCAGCAUGUUCGGAACAGCAUACUCAUGUAAAUUCUGGUGGAACUCCUAAAGUGAAACACAACCAUUCGCACAACCACCAAAAUACAGGAUCUGGGGAGCCGACAGCUUGCUGUAAUCAAGAGGAAUGCAGUUCUGAUGCAGCGAGUAACGGUCAGAAUGGGAAUUCAGGCGGAGGAAGUAAAUAUUGCGAUUGUUGCUACUGUGAAUUUUUUGGUAACGGAGGACCACCCCUUGCUCCGACAAGUAAAAAUUAUCCUGAGAUGAGAGAAAGACUUCGAUCAAAAUUGAACAAGAAACCGAGGGGUGAAAGUAAAGAUGCAGGAAACCACAGUGGGCACCAUCACGAUGAACGUUCACUCGAAGAAAUCCUCUCGUUCAUAGAGGGCGAGAGAAUGGGAAAUGGUCAUAAUGAUGGAAAUAAAAAGAAUGUGAAAAAGUCGAAACAAAAAGUGAACAGAGAAGAAGACAAGCGCAAAACUGAAAAACAACAACAGCAGCAACAGGAUAAAGCAGCAUUGACCAGAAGUAAAGAUACAAAAUGUCCACCCAGCGAUGUACAACCACCAGUUGUUGACAAUGUUCAAAGUAAUAAACAGGCUUUGAAUAAAAAAAGAAAAACUCGUAAAAAGCAGAAUAAUUCUGAUGAACUUAUUACAACUGAGCAGAGAUCUGUUGUGAACUCACCUUUGAACCAGCAGAUUCAUGCUAAUAAAGACAUGAAGAAUAUUUCAAACGAAUCUCAAUCUCAGAAGAAAACUCCUGUUCAAGUCAGAUCUUCUAUGCAGAAUAACGCAACCAGUUCAACUAAAACAAAAUCUAAGCUGAACGACUCUGUAACUGGUGGUCACCAUAGUAACGAAAAUAAUAUCAAACAACGCCUUACUGUAAAUUCUGUACAAUCUCCUGAGAUUUCAAAAUAUUCUGACAAAUAUGGAAAAAAUAAACACUCAGCAUCGCAAAAAUCAAGUGAACAGUCCACUAAAUAUCAAGCGGAAGGUGGAAAAGAAAAACAAAGUCAGAAAUCUGAAGGAAAGGCAUCGAAGAAAAAUGCAAAACAAGCUGCAGGAGCAUUACCGAUAGAUCCAGUCGAUGUAGUUCAUGUUGAUCAAGUCUUCAUGCCAAAAGGUGACAAUCAGGAGAAUAAUGAAAUGGAUGACAUCGAAAAAGAAAUUGACAGUUUUAAGAGAUUUUGCUUGGAUUCGACAAACUUCGUCCGAAGAAAGAAAAUCUCUGUCAAUUGGAAGGAUUUUUCAUUCAAGAAAAAUCACAUCUCUCACUGAAUUUUUUGUUUCAAUUUAUAAUGUGUUUGAUAGCAUUUAGAAGUGAAUUGUUGUCAUUAACUAUUUAGGCAGCACACACAGCGAUUGAGUUAGUUCCGUAUCUUAUUAUAUUAUUAUUAUCAUUAUUUUUUUAAUCAGUAAUAAAUACAAAAAGUGGAUGUACUUACAAACAUGUGAAUAUAAAUGUUGAAUUUUA